AUGGACACCGCAGAGGAAAACGUGACCGCAGGACUUGUAAGAAUGCAGAACAAUGGGCCGGUGCAUGAGGGAGAGAACAAGAGUGUGAUGACUCCAUUGAUGGUCCAGUGGGGCUCUGCUGCAAAACUGGUCUGCUUCUACACACCGACUGGGGGCGGGACGGAGUGGGGGGGUGGAGGGUGGAGGGGAGCGCGAUUCCUACCCAGGGACAUAGACCCCAGCCUGUGUACCCAUCUCAUCUAUGCCUUUGCUGGCAUGGACAGUCACCAGCUCAGCUCUGUAGAGUGGAACAACAAACUUCUCUACCAGGAGCUGAAACAGCCUAAAGAAGAUGAACCCAAGCUGAAAACUCUGUUAGCUGUCGAGGGCUGGGACUUUGGUACCCAGAAGUUCACAGAUAUGGUGGCCACGGCCAGCAACAGGCAGACCUUUGUCACCUCAGCCAUAGGUUUUGAUGGACUUGACCUUGACUGGGAGUACCCAGGAAGCAGGAGCCCCACAGUAGACAAAGAUAGAUUCACAGCCUUGCUGCAAGGAUGGCUGGGUGACUUGGCCACAGCUUUCCAGGAGGAAGCCCAGAGCUCAGGGAAGGAACGACUCCUUCUGACUGCAGCAGUGCCCACUGGACAAGACCAUGUGGAUGCUGGCUAUGAGGUGGACAAGACUGCUCUGAGCCUGGAUUUCAUCAACCUUAUGGCUUAUGACUUCCAUGGCUCCUGGGAAAAGACCACAGGACACAACGGCCCCCUCUACAAAAGGCAAGAAGAGAGCGAGGCAGCCCUCCUUUUCUAUCUGGAUGCUGCUGUGCAGCUCUGGCUGCAGAAGGGGACACCUGCCAGAAAACUGAUCCUUGGGAUGCCCACCUAUGGAGGCUCCUUCACCCUGGCCUCUUCAUCAGACAACAGAGUUGGGGCCCCAGCCAUGGGGCCUGGUACUCCAGGCCCCUAUUCUAGGGACGGAGGGAUACUGGCUUACUUUGAGGUCUGCUCCUGGAAGGGAGAACACAGAAUUAAGGAACAGAAGGUGCCCUACAUCUUCCAAGACAGUCAAUGGGUGGGAUUUGAUGACAGGGAAAGCUUCGGAGCUAAGGUCAGCUAUCUGAAACAGAAGGGGCUGGGAGGGGCCAUGGUCUGGGCCUUGGACUUGGAUGAUUUCACUGGUUCCUUCUGCAAACAGGGCCAGUACCCUCUCAUCCGGACCCUGCAGCAGGAGCUGAGUCUUCCACACAUGCCUCCAAGAAGCCCUGAACAGGAAGCUCCUGGGCCACACCAGCCUCCUGAACCAGAGCAGGGACCCAGCCCAGGGCUAGAUACCUUCUGCCAGGGCAGAGCUGAUGGGUUCUACCCCAACUCUGGAGACACCACUUACUAUAGCUGUGCAUGGGGACAGCUGUUCAAGCAGAGCUGUCCCCCAGACCUGGUGUUUAGUGACUCUUGCAGGUGUUGUACUUGGAGCUGA